UGGCGAGGGCUUUCCAACGCAUAUUUGUUUGUCGCUAAAUUCGUUGGGCAACCUUUUUUUUUUACCCCGCCCGAUAUCGGCCGGACAACCAAUAGCACUGUAUCACGAAUAGGCUCUCUCUCUCAUCGCUCUAUGUAUCGAGAAUUUUUUGUCACCAUCACGAAGUUCUAACAUAAGCUUCCACAAACCAUGGAUUUGUGCUACCCCGAAUCCUCCAAUCUUCUCAAACACUCUUGAAAUUUUGUCGUCUGCGUCCCCCCCCCCGCCCCCUUGUUCUCUUAGAGGCUAUGCCGCCGUGCCUCACCGACCGCAUCAUGGAAGAACGGCGGCAAGGUUGCUGCGGCGACGCUCAAGGCAAAGUGUUGAUGCCGCCGCCAGAACCAGGCUCUUCCCGGCAAAAGGGCUUAGCCUUGGCGGGGGGUUUCGUGUUCAUCAGAGGCGUUUUUUACGUUACGAAACCGACCGCCGGGGAGGCAAGAUGUGAGUGACGUCCCCCCCCCCCCCCCCCCCC